UGCAUGCACCACCGGAACGCCUCACAGCCGUAGUCUUCCUUUCCGGUCCCGUGCAUGCCCAGGACGCCAUGGGCCACAACCGAGAAUAGCAUCAACCUUGCCACCGCUGCUGCUUCGCCGGCGCCAAUGCCGAUGUGAGCCCGGCCCGGCCGCCGCACCCCCCUCCCCCUACGGCGACGACGUCACGCGCGCGCGAGAUGCCAUUGUUGCUUCUGUGAGGGGGGCUCACCGGAACGCGUCGGCAUUGACGACGACCCGGACGAACGCGCGGCAGCAUGAUGCCGCGCGUCCUCAUGGCGUCUACGGAGGACACGGCCACGGCCCCUGCCGGUGGGCCGCCGGAGCCCCCGCCGCAGUCGUCGUCGGCCUCGCCGUCGCCUUCCCCUCCUCCUCCUCCACCGACACCGUCCUCGCCUCAGCGGCCUCCCCCGCCGCCGCCGCCGGCCACUCCGCCCCCGCCUCCUCCGGCAUCUCCAGGCAAAAACCAGAGUCCCGCGUCGCCGUCCCAAGAUUCACCUCCGCCAGUGGCGUCCCCGUCAGUAUCCUCACCUCCUCCGGCACCGACGACACCGCCCUCUCCGCCCCCACCAAGCAAGUCCCCUCCACCGCCGUCUCCGCCUCCUACUACGUCGUCGACACCGCCAUCGCAUCAAUCACCUCCGGAAGAAGGAACCUCGCCGCCACCUUCGCCAUCAUCAGGGGCUACAACACCUUCACCUCCCCCAAAUGCGCAGUCGUCGUCGUCGUCUUCCACACCUCCUGCCGGCGCAGGAACCUCGCCACCUGCACCGCGCGAAAUGCCAUCGCCCGGGACGCCACCAUCGCCGCCGACGACGCUUAUUACGACACAGGCGCCGCCGAUCCAGCCACCACCACCACCGGGCGGUAACAGCAUGAUCAUGCCGAGCUCCCUAACUACAGCCGGCACGUCUCAGAGCCCGCCUGACGCCACCACCGCCGGCGCACCACCACCUCCGGCUCCAUCGGUGGGAGCAUGGGGCGGCAACGUGCCGAGCGGGUUGCUCAUCGGUGUCGCCUUCGCCGGUUUCCUCCUGGCGUUGGCGUCCAUGUUCUUGUUCUUGUGCAUCAAGAACCGGUGGAAGAGGAGGCGGCGGCCGGCACAGGUGAUGAACCUGGCGCGCAGGAGAACCCUCGUCGUGCCGGAGCGUGUGGCGUCGCCGGAAGUGUACCAGCCGUCGAACGGUCCGACGGCGUCGCCGAGCGGGACGAGCUCGUACGAGUUCUCCGGGACGACGUCGUGGUUCACGUACGAUGAGCUGGCGGCGGUGACCGGCGGGUUCGCGGAGGAGAAAGUGAUCGGCGAGGGCGGGUUCGGGAAGGUGUACAUGGGGGCGCUGGGCGACGGGCGGUGCGUGGCGGUGAAGCAGCUCAAGGUGGGGAGCGGGCAGGGGGAGAAGGAGUUCCGCGCCGAGGUGGACACCAUCAGCCGCGUCCACCACCGCCACCUCGUCACCCUCGUCGGCUACUCCGUCACCGAGCACCACCACCUCCUCGUCUACGAGUUCGUCUCCAACAAGACGCUCGACCAUCACCUGCACGGAGGAGGCCUCCCCGUCAUGGAUUGGCCCAAGCGGAUGAAGAUUGCCAUCGGAUCAGCCCGUGGUUUGACCUACCUGCACGAAGACUGCCAUCCUAGGAUCAUACAUAGGGACAUCAAGUCGGCCAACAUCCUCCUGGAUGACGCCUUCGAAGCAAAGGUCGCGGAUUUCGGUCUUGCCAAAUUCACCAACGAUUCGGUGACUCAUGUCUCGACGCGCGUGAUGGGCACAUUCGGGUACCUGGCGCCGGAGUACGCAUCAAGCGGGAAGCUGACGGACAGAUCGGACGUGUUUUCGUUCGGGGUGGUGCUGUUGGAGCUCAUCACCGGGCGGAAGCCCGUGGACUCGUCUCAGCCCCUCGGAGAAGAGAGCUUAGUUGAAUGGGCUCGGCCUCUCCUGGUGGACGCGUUGGAGACGGACGACUUCAGGGAGCUCGCUGACCCCGCGCUGGAGCGCCGCUACUCCAAGUCGGAGAUGCGGAGGAUGGUGGAGGCCGCGGCCGCUUGCAUUCGCUACUCCGUCACCAAGAGACCAAGGAUGGUGCAGGUGUGGCGAUCGCUGGACGUGGAGGGGAGCUCGCCGGACCUGACCAACGGAGUGAAGCUUGGGCAGAGCAUGGCGUACGACUCCAACCAGUACUCGGCGGACAUCGAGCUCUUCCGGCGGAUGGCGUUUGCCAACGACCUCUCCACCGCUGAGCUCGGCUACUCCGGCAAGGACGACGUACGCCGUCCGCCACGCUAGCAGCAGCUCCAGGACCAGGCCCAGCUGAGCACUAACGGCACAUGCGCUGUUGUUAAAUUUGUUGUCGUAACUAACACGCAUGCAUGUAUGUAAGACGGGGUGGCAGAAUUGGUGUAUAUAUAAAAAGGCUUUGAAUAGCAAUCCUGUUGAUUUGGGGAACAGAUUUCCUU